CGCGUCGCAGUCAUGCAAAUGAACUGUAAAACCCAAACAGGCUGCGUUAGCUUUACUGUAAUGACGUUAGCCUCCUGGAUGUUUUUCCGCCGUUAAUGAGUUUGGAUACCGGGGACCGACAUCCAUGGCAUGAACCUCUACGGUCGUCUGAAGCACAAUCACCGAGACCUCCGCGAAGUCAGCUCAGUGUCCACCGGUCGAUCCUGAAGAAAGUGGUGACCCUGCCUGCCUGACAUCCUGUGUCUUCUUCCCCCACCCGGCCCCGCCACCCGCUGUCCUGAUUGGGUCUCUGUGCAGCCGGCGGUGGAUUGGAGCACUCUGAUUGAAGGCUUUGUGAGGUGGUUUUUCGGUCUGGCGCCGCCUCCCCCCGGGGCCGGCGUGCGCUCCCAGCAGCCCGUGGUGCCCUGCGCCCCCCCCUCCCCGUCACUGCACACCAGAGCCAAUGCCCAAGGAGGAGGCAGUGUGCGCCCGCCAGGAGCCAUGUGCCUCCCUCACACCAACAACAUGGAUAACAAGUUACAGGGGGCGGGGCAGGGGGGAGGGGCUGCACUUCGACCACGGGCAGGAGGCGUUCACCUGGAGCCUUUCAUACACCAGGUGGGGGGUCACACCAGUAUGAUGCGUUACGAUGACCACACCGUGUGUAAGCCUCUGAUCAGCAGAGAGCAGCGCUUCUACGAGUCUCUGCCUCCAGAGAUGAAGGAGUUCACCCCAGAGUACAAAGGUGUGGUGAUGGUGUGUUUUGAAAGCGACUCUGACGGCUACAUCAACCUGGUGGCCUACCCCUACGUGGAGAGCAACACAGAGGGAGGGAUGGCGGAGCACGAGGAGCGUGACCUCCCAGAGAGGGAGCAGCCGAGGAGGAAACACUCCCGACGCAGCCUCCAUCGCUCCUCCUCGGCCUCUGAACACAGGGAGGAGCGGCCCGACAGGAGGGAGGCACACGACACAGACACCUCUGACAGUCUUGCAGAGCUGAAGAGUCCCAGGCUCGACCCAAAGAUCCACUCGGACGUUCCCUUCCAGAUGUUGGAUUGGAACAGCGGUUUGAGUUCAGAGAUCAGCCACAACCCCUGGAGCCUCCGCUGCCACAAACAGCAGCUCAGCCGCAUGAGAUCUGAAUCCAAGGACCGCAAACUCUUCAAACCAGAGUUCCUGUUGUUGGAGAACGUGGUCCACCACUUCUCCUACCCCUGCAUCCUGGACCUGAAGAUGGGCACCAGGCAGCACGGAGACGACGCCUCCGAGGAGAAGGCGGCGAGGCAGAUCAGGAAAUGUGAACAGAGCACUUCAGCAACGCUGGGAGUCAGAGUGUGUGGCAUGCAGGUGUACCAGCUGAGCACCGGUCACUACCUCUGCAGAAACAAGUACUACGGCCGCGGCCUGUCGAUCGAAGGCUUCCGCGAGGCCCUCUACCAGUACAUGCACAACGGAAAGGGACUGAGGCAGGACCUCUUUGAGCCAAUCCUGAAUAAGCUUCGCACCCUGAAGGCGGUGCUGGAGAGGCAGGCAUCCUAUCGCUUCUACUCGUCUUCACUGCUCAUCAUCUAUGAGGGAAAGGAACCAGAGGGCCCUUCAGUCCUCAGUUCUGGGCAGCAUGCAGCGUUGCACCAGAAGACUCCCGUGGCCACCGUAGAGCCCCCCUGUGGCCCCGGACCCCACGCACCCGCGGCCCCAGGCACUCCACGUGAAACGGACAUGAGCCAGAACCCCAAUCCGGGGUCAGUGUCCUCUCAGGGACCUGGACUGAUGGCUACGCCGAUGGCUACGCCCUCCCCCUCCACUCGCCCUCCCCAACAGGCCCCACCCUCAAAGUCAGACUGCCACUCCUUCCCCUCGCCUCACCCGCAUCCAGACUCCUUCUCCCCUGCUCCCUCUCCUCCCGCCCCCCAGCCCCAGCAGCCCCCCCUGGUGGACGUACGUAUGAUCGACUUCGCCCACUCCACUUUCAAGGGUUUCCGCGGCGACACGGCGGUGCACGACGGGCCGGACCGGGGCUACGUGUUCGGACUGGAGAGCCUGGUCCAGAUCCUGGAGAGCCUGCGGGACGACAACCUGCCAUAGCCCCAAACACACACACACACACACACACACACACACACACA